AUGCCUACAUUGCUUUACUUUGUAUACCUUCAGAUUGUCCAUUAUGUUGAGUAUAAAUCUAAGCCUGAGAAUUUAUCACCUAACUGUUUCUAUUUCUUUCUUUGUAGGCCUCGAAGUAGAGGAAAAACUACAGUGGAAGAUGAGGACAGCAUGGAUGGAUUGGAGACAACGGAAACAGAAAAUAUUGUGGAAACAGAAAUCAAAGAACAAUCUGCAGAAGAGGAUGCUGAAGCAGAAAUCGAUAACAGCAAACAGCCAAUCCCAGCUCUUCAGCGAUCUGUGUCCGAGGAAUCAGCCAACUCCUUGGUUUCUGUUGGUGUAGAAGCCAAAAUCAGUGAACAACUCUGUGCUUUUUGUUACUGUGGGGAAAAAAGUUCCUUAGGACAAGGAGACUUAAAACAAUUCCGAGUGACACCUGGAUUUAUCUUGCCAUGGAAAAACCAACCUUCCAGCAAGAGGGACAUUGAUGACAACAGCAAUGGAACCUGUGAAAAAAUACAAAACUUAGCUUCACGGAAACUAAGAGGACAGAGAAAAGAACGACCUCUUCAGCAGAACCUAGUAUCUUGUGUAAGUGUAAGCACCCAGACAGCCUCCGAUGACCAGGCUGGUAAAUUAUGGGACGAGCUCAGCCUGGUGGGCCUUCCUGACGCCAUUGAUGUCCAGGCCUUGUUCGAUCCUACAGGCACUUGUUGGGCUCAUCGCCGUUGUGUAGAGUGGUCUCUGGGAGAAUGCCAGCUGGAAGAAGCGGUAUUAGUGAGUGUGGACAGAGCUGUUGUCUCAGGGAGCACAGGACGAUGUGCAUUUUGCAAGCACCUUGGAGCCACUAUCAAAUGCUGUGAAGAAAAGUGCACCCAGAUGUACCAUUACCCAUGUGCCGCGGGGGCCGGCACCUUCCAAGACUUCAGUCACUUCUUCCUGCUUUGUCCAGAGCACAUUGACCAAGCCCCGGAAAGAGCAAAAGAAGAUGCAAACUGUGCGGUGUGCGACAGCCCAGGGGACCUCCUGGAUCAGCUCUUCUGCACCACUUGUGGUCAGCACUACCACGGGAUGUGUCUGGACAUAGCCGUCACUCCACUGAAGCGUGCAGGCUGGCAGUGUCCCGAGUGCAAAGUGUGCCAGAAUUGCAAACAAUCGGGAGAAGAUAGCAAGAUGUUAGUGUGUGAUACGUGUGACAAAGGGUACCAUACUUUUUGUCUUCAACCAGUUAUGAAAUCAGUACCAACCAAUGGCUGGAAAUGCAAAAAUUGCAGAAUAUGUGUAGAAUGUGGCACACGGUCUAGUUCGCAGUGGCAUCACAAUUGCCUGAUAUGUGACAGUUGUUACCAACAGCAGGAUAAUUUAUGUCCAUUCUGCGGAAAGUGCUACCAUCCGGAGUUGCAGAAAGACAUGCUUCACUGUAGUAUGUGCAAAAGAUGGGUUCACUUAGAAUGUGACAAACCAACAGAUCAUGAACUGGAUUCUCAGCUCAAAGAAGAGUAUGUCUGCCUGUAUUGUAAACACUUAGGAGCCGGGAUGGAUCCACUACAGCCAGUUGAUGAAGAGGAAAUGGCUGAACUUGCUCCAGAUUAUAACAAUGAAAUGGAAAUUGAACGACCUGAAGACCCAUUGGUGUUUCAUGAGCAAGUCGUGAGUAAAGAUGUCAGUGGUCAGGAGUCCAUACCUGGAAUUGUUCCAGACGUUGAAGUCUACACUGAAGAGCAGCAGCAGAGUGAUCCACCGGGAGGGCGGGACGCAGACGGCUUCCUAGUCUCUGAGUCAUCCCAAAGUACAUUGAACACUGAAAUGGAAAGCCAGAUCUCUCAUGAGGUUGACAGUGAACAGGUGGAAAUACCUCCUAAAGCGAUGCAGGUUUGUGAUGAAGAACAAAAUGAAGACAACAUGGAAGUGACAGAAAACAUCGAAGUCUUCCCACACCAGAUCAUUGUGCGGCAAGAAGAACUGGAGUUGUUAACAGAGCCUGAACCGUUGGUAUCCGAGGAAGAGUUGAGGCCUCAGAAAGUACUCACGGACUCUGUUACUGUUCCCCCAGAAACCUCUGUGUCUCCACAUGAUGAAAAUACUCCAUUAUGUUCCAGGGAACAGUUGGCUGUAAAAAGUGUACAAGAAGAAAGGGAACCAAAAGAAAAUUCUGAAUUUUCCACUGGGACUGUGGACUUUGAAAUGACUCCCGUAACCGAGGAUUGUGUAAAAGAUGGGUCAUGCACGGGGAACACAUCUGUAAAACUGCCGUCCGAGACAGAGCCAUCGCUGCCGUCAGCAGCAGACAUGAGCAAGGCAAAGGUGUCUUCCUCACCGCCUCUUCCUUCAGACUUGCCUUCCCAUGACAUGCUGCGUAGCUACCCCCCAACUCUCACUUCCUCUGCUGGAAACAUCAUGCCGACCACAUACAUCUCAGUCACCCCCAAAAUCGGCAUGGGUAAACCGGCUAUUACCAAAAGAAAAUUUUCUCCUGGUAGACCUCGUUCCAAACAGGGGGCUUGGAGCACCCAUAAUACAGUGAGCCCGCCUUCCUGGUCCCCAGACAUUUCAGAAGGUCGGGAAAUUUUUAAACCCAGGCAGCUUCCUGGCAGUGCCAUUUGGAGCAUCAAAGUGGGCCGUGGGUCUGGAUUUCCAGGGAAGCGGAGACCUCGUGGUGCGGGACUGUCAGGACGAGGUGGCAGAGGCAGGUCAAAACUAAAAACUGGAAUUGGAGCUGUUGUAUUACCGGGGGCCUCCACCGCGGACACCCCAUCCUGCAAGGACGAGGAGGAGAACUCCAUGCACAACACAGUGGUGCUGUUCUCCAGCAGUGACAAGUUCACCGCGCAUCAGGAUAUGUGUGUGGUCUGUGGCAGUUUUGGCCAAGGAGCAGAAGGAAGACUGCUGGCUUGUUCUCAGUGUGGUCAGUGUUACCAUCCGUACUGUGUCAGUAUUAAGAUCACUAAAGUGGUUCUGAGCAAAGGCUGGCGGUGUCUCGAGUGCACUGUGUGCGAAGCCUGCGGGAAGGCCACCGAUCCUGGAAGACUCCUUCUGUGUGAUGAUUGUGACAUAAGUUACCACACCUACUGCCUGGAUCCUCCACUGCAGACAGUUCCCAAAGGAGGCUGGAAGUGCAAAUGGUGUGUUUGGUGCAGGCACUGUGGAGCGACGUCUGCAGGCCCCCGAUGUGAGUGGCAGAACAAUUACACUCAGUGUGCGCCUUGUGCAAGCUUGUCUUCCUGCCCGGUCUGCUGUCGCAGCUACAGAGAAGAAGAUCUCAUUCUGCAGUGUAGACAGUGCGAUAGAUGGAUGCAUGCAGUUUGUCAAAACUUAAGUACUGAGGAGGAAGUGGAGAAUGUAGCAGACAUUGGUUUUGACUGUAGCAUGUGCAGACCCUACAUGCCUGCCUCAAACGUGCCUUCCUCAGACUGCUGUGAAUCUUCACUCGUAGCACAGAUUGUCACAAAAGUAAAAGAGCUAGAUCCACCCAAAACCUACACCCAGGAUGGUGUAUGUUUGACUGAAUCAGGGAUGACUCAGUUACAGAGCCUCACAGUUACAGUUCCAAGAAGAAAACGGUCAAAACCAAAAUUGAAAUUAAAGAUUAUUAAUCAGAAUAGUGUGGCUGUCCUUCAGACCCCUCCAGACAUGCAAUCAGAGCAUUCAAGGGACGGUGAAAUGGACGAUAGUCGAGAAGGAGAACUUAUGGAUUGUGAUGGAAAAUCAGAAUCUAGUCCAGAGCGGGAAGUUGUGGAUGAUGAAACUAAAGGGGUAGAAGGAACAGAGGGUGUCAAAAAGCGAAAAAGGAAACCGUAUAGACCAGGUAUUGGUGGAUUUAUGGUCCGGCAAAGAAGUCGAACUGGGCAAGGAAAAACCAAAAGAUCAGUGAUCAGAAAAGAUUCUUCAGGCUCUAUCUCUGAGCAGUUACCUAGCAGAGAUGAUGGCUGGAGUGAGCAGUUACCAGAUACUCUAGUUGAUGAAUCUGUUUCUGUUACUGAAAGCACUGAAAAGAUAAAGAAGAGAUACCGAAAAAGGAAAAAUAAACUUGAAGAAACUUUCCCUGCCUAUUUACAAGAAGCGUUCUUUGGAAAAGAUCUUCUAGAUACGAGUAGACAAAACAGGCUGAGUUUAGAUAAUCUGUCAGAAGAUUCAGCUCAGCUUUCAUAUAAAACAAAUUUGACUACAGGCUUCUUGGACCCUUCCUUAGAUCCGCUGCUUAGUUCAUCCUCAACUCCAGCAAAACCUGGAACUCAAGGUACUGCUGAUGACCCAUUAGCCGAUAUUUCUGAAGUCUUAAACACAGAUGAUGACAUUCUGGGAGUAAUUUCAGAUGACCUAGCAAAAUCAGUUGGCCACUCAGACAUUGGCCCCAUCACUGAUGAUCCCUCCUCUUUGCCUCAGCCAAGUGUCAAUCAGAGUUCACGACCGUUAAGUGAAGAGCAGCUAGAUGGAAUCCUCAGUCCUGAGCUAGACAAAAUGGUCACAGAUGGGGCAAUUCUUGGAAAGUUAUAUAAGAUUCCAGAGCUUGGAGGAAAGGAUGUGGAAGACUUGUUUACUGCUGUACUGAGUCCCGUGACCGCCCAGCCGACCCCAUUACCACAGCCCCCUCCUCCACCACAGCUGCUGCCAAUGCACAGUCCAGAAGUGUUUUCAAGAAUGCCGCUCAUGAAUGGCCUUAUUGGGCCCAGUCCUCAUCUCCCACAUAACUCUCUGCCUCCUGGAAGUGGACUGGGCACUUUCUCCGCCAUAGCACAACCCCCAUACACCGAUUCCAGGGAUAAAAACGCAGCAUUUAAUCCAAUGGCAAGUGACCCUAACAACUCUUGGACGUCGCCAGCUCCCACAAUGGAAGGAGAGAAUGACACCCUGUCGAACUCCCAGAGGAGCACACUGAAGUGGGAGAAAGAGGAGGCUCUGGGCGAAAUGGCCACGGUCGCUCCCGUCCUCUACACGAACGUUAACUUCCCCAGCUUGAAGGAGGAGUUCCCUGACUGGACUACCAGAGUCAAGCAGAUUGCGAAGCUGUGGAGAAAAGCAAGCUCGCAGGAGAGAGCCCCAUACGUGCAAAAAGCCAGAGAUAACAGAGCUGCCUUACGCAUUAAUAAAGUACAGAUGUCAAAUGAUUCUAUGAAAAGGCAGCAACACCAAGACAGCAUUGAUCCCAGCUCUCGUAUCGAUUCAGAUCUUUUUAAAGAUCCAUUAAAGCAAAGAGAAUCAGAACAUGAACAAGAGUGGAAGUUUAGACAGCAAAUGCGUCAGAAAAGUAAGCAGCAAGCUAAAAUUGAAGCCACGCAAAAACUCGAGCAGGUGAAAAAUGAGCAGCAGCAGCAGCAGCAGCAACAGCAGCAGCAGCAGCAGUUCGGUUCUCAGCACCUUCUGGUGCAGUCUGGCUCAGACACCCCAAGUAGCGGGAUCCAGAGUCCCUUGACCCCUCAGCCUGGCAAUGGAAGCAUGUCUCCUGCACAGUCAUUCCAUAAAGACCUGUUUACGAAACAGCUACCCAGUACCCCUUCUUCUGCAUCUUCCGAUGAUGUGUUUGUGAAACCACAGGCUCCACCUCCUCCUCCAGCCCCGGCCCGAAUUCCCAUCCAGGAAAGUCUUACUCAGCCCCAGAAUUCUCAGCCCCCUUCGCCACAAGUGUUUUCACCCGGAGCCUCUAACUCCCGACCACCAUCGCCAGCAGAUCCUUAUGCGAAAAUGGUCGGCACCCCUAGACCGCCUCCUGGUGGCCACAGUUUUUCCCGGAGAAAUUCUGUUGCCCCGAUGGAAAACUGUGCGCCUUUGUCCUCAGUGUCUAGGCCCGUUCAGAUGAGUGAGACGGCAGCAGGUCGGCCGUCCCCGGUCAGAGAUUUAUGCCCCUCCUCCACGGCAAGUAGUGACCCCUAUGCAAAGCCUCCAGACACACCCAGGCCUGUGAUUACAGACCAGUUUCCCAAACCCUUGGGCGUGUCCCGUUCUCCUGUAGUUUCAGAACAAACUGCAAAAGGUCCUUUAGCAGCUGGAAACAGUGAUCACUUUUCCAAACCAUCUCCUAGGGCAGAUGCGUUUCAAAGGCAGCGGGUACCUGAUCCAUAUUCACGACCCCUGAUGACACCUGCGCCUCUUGAUAGUGGUCCUGGGCCUUUUAAGACCCCAAUGCAGCCGCCUCCGCCCUCUCAGGACCCUUACGGGACAGUAUCACAGGCAUCGAGGCGGUUGCCUGGUGACCCUUAUGAAAGGCCUGCUUUGACACCGAGGCCGGUAGAUCAUUUCUCUCAUGGUCAGUCAAAUGACCCGUAUAGCCAGCCUCCCCUGACCCCACAUCCAGCCAUGAAUGAAUCUUUUGCUCAUCCUUCAAGGGCUUUUUCCCAGCCUGGAACCAUGUCAAGGCCAACAUCUCAGGACCCAUAUUCUCAACCCCCAGGAACUCCACGCCCUGUUGUGGAUUCUUAUUCCCAACCCUCAGGAACAGCUCGGUCUAAUCCAGACCCGUAUUCUCAACCUCCUGGAACUCCCCGGCCUAAUACUAUUGAUCCAUACAGUCAGCAGCCACUAACCCCCAGGCCACCUGCACAGACGGACUUGUUUGUUACAUCUGCAGCCAGUCAGAGGCACUCUGAUCCGUAUGCCCAUCCUCCUGGCACACCAAGACCAGGAAUCUCCACGCCUUAUUCUCAGCCACCAGCAACACCAAGGCCAAGGGUCUCAGAGGGUUUUCCGAGGGCCUCAGUGACAAGACCAGUCCUCAUGCCAAACCAGGAUGCUUUCCUACAAGCAGCACAAAACCGAGGACCAGCCUUACCUGGCCCUCUGGCAAGGCCACCUGACACAUGCUCCCAGGCACCAAGGCCACCUGGACCUGGCCUUGCAGACACACUGAGCCGUGUUUCCCCAUCUGCGGCCCGGGACCCCUACGAUCAGCCUCCGAUGACCCCCAGGUCACAGUCUGACUCUUUUGGAACAAGUCAGGCUGCUCACGAUGUUGCAGAUCAGCCAAGGCCCGGAUCGGAGGGGAGCUUCAAUGCACCUUCAAACUCGCCAAUGCAUCCUCAAGGCCCUCAGUUUCCCAGUGUUCCCCAGCUCCCUGGACCGGUACCAACCUCAGGAGUAACUGAUACACAGAAUACCGUAAAUAUGUCUCCAGCAGAUACAGAGAAGUUAAGACAGCGGCAGAAGUUACGUGAAAUCAUUCUCCAGCAGCAACAGCAGAAGAAGAUUGCGGGUCGACAGGAAAAGGGGUCACAGGAGUCCCCAGUGGUGCCUCAUCCAGGGCCCCUGCAACACUGGCAGCCAGAAAGUAUCAACCAGGCCUUCACUAGACCCCCUCCUCCCUAUCCCGGGAAUAUUAGAUCUCCUGUUGUCCCACCUCUAGGACCUAGAUAUGCUGUUUACCCAAAAGACCAGCGUGGCCCAUAUCCUCCUGAUGUUGCUGGUAUGGGGAUGAGACCUCAUGGAUUUAGAUUUGGAUUUCCAGGAGGUAGUCAUGGUACCAUGUCAAGUCAGGAACGGUUCCUUGUGCCACCUCAGCAAAUGCAAAGCUCUGGCAUCCCUCCACAGCUAAGAAGGUCACUAUCCAUAGACAUGCCCAGGCCUUUAAAUAACACACAAAUGAAUAAUCCAGUUGGACUUCCUCAGCAUUUCCCACCACAGAGCCUUCCAGUUCAGCAGCAUAACAUCCUAGGCCAAGCAUUUAUUGAACUGAGGCAUAGGGCCCCUGAUGGAAGACCCCGGCUGCCCUUCAGUGCCUCUCCUGGCAACGUCAUGGAGGUACCUUCUCAUCCAAGACAUGGAAACUUCAUUCCCCGGCCAGACUUUUCAGGCCCUAGACAUACAGACACCAUGAGGCGACCAUCCCAUGGUCUACCCAAUCAGCUACCUGUGCAUCCAAAUUUGGAACAAGCGCCACCAUCUCAGCAAGAGCAAGGCCAUUCUGUCCAUUCUUCUUCUAUGGUUAUAAGGUCGCUGAGCCAUCCCUUGGGUGGAGAGUUUUCAGAAGCGCCUUUGUCAACAUCUGUACCAGCCGAAGCAGCAUCUGAUAAUUUACAGUUAAGCAGCCAGUCUUCUGAUGGUUUGGAAGAAAAACUUGAUUCUGAUGAUCAUUCUGUGAAAGAAUUGGAUGUUAAAGACCUUGAAGGGGUUGAAGUCAAAGACUUGGAUGAUGAAGAUCUUGAAAAUUUGAAUUUAGAUACAGAAGAUGGCAAGGGAGAUGAAUUAGAUACUUUAGAUAAUUUGGAAACUAAUGAUCCGAACCUGGAUGACCUCUUGAGGUCAGGAGAGUUUGACAUCAUUGCAUACACAGACCCGGAACAUGACCUAGGGGACAAGAAGAGCAUGUUUAAUGAGGAACUCGACCUUAGUGUUCCAAUUGAUGAUAAGUUAGAUAAUCAGUGUGUAUCUGUUGAACCCAAAAAAAAGGAGCAAGAAGACAAAACUCUGGUUCUUUCUAGUAAACAUUCACCACAAAAAAAAUCCACAGUUAGCAGUGAGAUAAAAACAGAAGCACUGUCUCCAAAUUCUAAAGAGGAAAGUAAAUGUGAAAAUGAGAAAAGCGAUGAGGGUAAAGAUGAUGUUGGCACCCCCUGCUCAAAGACUUCCACCCACACAGACCUUAAUGAUGGAGAAAAGACCUCUCUGGAGCCUUGUGACCCAGAUCUAGUUGAGAAGAGAGCUAAUCAAGAAAAUGCUGGCACCAGCACAAGUGUCAUCCAAGGAUCCACCCAGCUGCCUGCUCAAGAUGUUAUGAACUCGUGUGGCAUAACUGGAUCAACUCCAGUCCUCUCAAGUUUACUUGCUAAUGAAAAAUCUGAUAAUUCAGACCUUAGACCAUUGGGGUCUUCACCAUCAACUGUGCCAGCCUCACCAUCCAGCCACGUGUCAAGUUUGCCUCCUAGUUUAAUGGCACCACCCGGCCAUGUUUUGGAUAAUACCAUGAAUGCUAACGUAACGGUGGUCUCUAGGGUAAACCAUGCUUUUUCUCAGGGCAUGCAGGUAAAUCCUGGAUUCAGUCAGGGUCAGUCAACAGUUAACCACAAUUUGGGGACAGGAAAACCUACAAAUCAGACUAUGUCUCUAGCAAGCCAGUCCGGUACCGGUGCCAUGUCUGGACCCCAACAACUCAUGAUUCCUCAAACAUUAACCCAACAGAAUAGAGAGAGGCCCCUCCUUUUAGAGGAGCAGCCUCUACUUCUGCAGGAUCUUUUGGACCAAGAGAGGCAAGAACAGCAACAGCAGAGACAGAUGCAAGCCAUGAUUCGUCAGCGAUCAGAACCGUUCUUCCCUAACAUUGAUUUUGAUGCAAUUACAGAUCCUAUAAUGAAGGCCAAAAUGGUGGCCCUCAAAGGCAUUAAUAAAGUGAUGGCUCAAAACAACCUGGGCAUGCCGCCAAUGGUGAUGAGCAGGUUCCCCUUCAUGGGCCAGUCGGUAGCUGGGGCGCAGACUGAAGGCCAGAGUCGCAUUCCACAGGCCAUUCCUCAGGAUGGCAGUAUAACACAUCAGAUUUCUAGGCCUAAUCCUCCAAAUUUUGGUCCAGGCUUUGUGAAUGAUUCCCAACGUAAGCAGUAUGAAGAAUGGCUCCAGGAGACCCAACAGCUGCUUCAGAUGCAGCAGAAAUACCUUGAAGAACAGAUUGGUGCACACAGAAAAUCUAAGAAGGCCCUUUCAGCUAAACAACGCACUGCCAAGAAAGCUGGCCGCGAGUUUCCAGAAGAGGAUGCAGAACAACUAAAGCAUGUAACCGAACAGCAGAGCAUGGUCCAGAAACAGCUAGAGCAGAUUCGUAAACAGCAGAAAGAACAUGCCGAGUUGAUUGAGGAUUAUCGGAUCAAGCAGCAGCAGCAGUGUGCAAUGGCCCCGCCCACCCUGAUGCCUGGCGUCCAGCCCCAGCCGCCCCUGGUUCCCAGUGUCGCUCCACCCCCCCUGAGCCAGCCCAGCUUUCCCAUGGUGCCCCAGCAGCUUCAGCACCAGCAGCACCCCACAGUCCUUCCUGGCCACACCAGCCCUGUGAGAAUGCCCGGUUUACCCGGAUGGCAACCUGCCAGUGCUCACCUCGCCCUCAACCCUCCCCGGAUUCAGCCCCCGAUGGCCCAAUUACCAAUGAAACCGUGCCCAGCAGCCCCAGGGACGGUGUCGAAUGCAAAUCCUCAGAGUGGGCCACCUCCACGAGUAGAGUUUGAUGACAACAACCCCUUCAGUGAAAGUUUUCAAGAACGGGAACGGAAAGAACGCUUACGGGAACAGCAGGAGAGACAGCGCAUCCAGCUCAUGCAGGAGGUGGACCGACAGAGAGCUUUGCAGCAGAGGAUGGGGCUGGAGCAGCAUGGCACGGGGGGCGCAGAGCUGAGCAGUCGGACGGCCGUGCCCCAGGCGCCUUUCUACGGUCCCGACCUGCCUUGUGACUUCAUGCAGUCCCCACAGCACCAGCAGCAGGUGGGGCAGGCGUUACAGCAGCAGGCCUUGCAGCAGGGGUCCAUUGCCUCACCGCCAGCGCAGGCGUUCGUGCAGUCCAGCGAGCGAAGGCCAGCGGGACCUCCCUCCUUUGUUCCCGACUCGCCGUCAGUCCCUGGAGGAAGCCCAAACUUCCACCCUGUGAAGCAGGGACAUGGGACUCUCUCCGGGAAUGGCUUCCAGCAGUCCCCAGUGAGGGCUCCCUUCACACCCGCCUUACCAGCCGCACUGACAGUAGCUGGCGGCAGCUUCCCGUGCGGCCAGGACCCGACUGUGACCCAUGGACAGAGUUACUCGGGAUCUGCCCAGUCGCUCAUUCAGUUGUAUUCUGAUAUAAUCCCAGAAGAAAAGGGGAAAAAGAAAAGAACAAGAAAAAAGAAAAAAGAUGAUGAUGCAGAGUCCACCAAGGCCCCAUCCACUCCGCACUCGGACAUAACCGCCCCACUGACUCCCAGUGUCUCAGAGCCCUCCUCCACCCCCACGGUGAACACGCCGGGCGAGCCGCCACCACAGCCAGAAGAGGAGUCGGCGGAACCAGGCAGCCUGUCAGCAGCCAGUGUGGCAGCGGGGCAGCCGUGCACAGAGUCAGAAAGCACAGCACCCAGCAGUGACUUCUCCCAGGGACCUCCAAAGCAGCAGGCGUGUGCAAAUCCAGGGGGGGACAAGCUUGCCCUGGAGACUCCUGCCCAAGUCGAAGAGGUGAAGGUAGAGAAGGCUGAGACCGAGCUCUGCCCAGGCCCAGAGCAGCCUCAGCUGGAGGGACAUAGCAGCCGGAAGGUCGAGGACCAAGGCGCAACCCAUCCUGGCCCCUUGGCGCAGAGCCCUCCCCUUCUGGUCGGGGCCCCUACUGCCAAAGGCGACUCCGGGAAUGAGCUUCUGAAACACUUGCUGAAGAAUAAAAAGUCCUCCCCCCUGCUACUCCAAAAACCUGAAGGCAGUUUCUGCGCUGAAGAGGACUGUGUGAAGGACAGUAAGCCCCUGGAGAAGCAGAGCCCAGCUGAAGGACUGCAAACAGUAGGGGCUCAAAUGCAAGGUGGUUUUGGAUGUGGCAACAACCAGUUGUCAAAAACAGAUGGAAUUGAAACCAAGAGACAGCGAAGCAAACGGACUCAGAAGACUGGGGAGAAAGCAGCACCUCGCUCAAAGAAAAGGAAAAAGGACGAAGAGGAGAAACAAGCCAUGUACUCUAACACUGACACACUCACCCACCUGAAGCAGCAGAAUAAUUUAAGUAAUCCUCCAACACCCCCUGCCUCUCUUCCUCCUACACCACCUCCCAUGGCUUGUCAGAAGAUGGCAAAUGGUUUUGCAACAACGGAAGAACUUGCUGGGAAAGCCGGAGUGUUAGUGAGCCACGAAGUUACUAAAACUCUAGGACCUAAACCGUUUCCACUGCCGUUCAGACCACCGGACGACUUGUUGGCCAGGGCUAUUGCUCAGGGUCCCAAGACCGUCGAUGUUCCAGCUUCCCUUCCAACGCCACCUCAUAACAAUCAGGAAGAACUAAGGAUGCAGGAUCACUGUGGAGAUCGGGACACUCCUGACAGUUUCGUUCCCUCGUCCUCUCCUGAGAGCGUGGUGGGGGCGGAAGUGAGCAGGUACCCAGAUCUGGCGUUGGUCAAAGAGGAGCCUCCGGAGCCAGUGCCAUCCCCCAUCAUCCCGAUUCUUCCUAGCACUGUGGGGAAAAGUUCAGAAUCAAGAAGAAAUGAUAUCAAAACUGAGCCAGGCACUUUAUUUUUCACAUCACCUUUUGGUUCAUCCCCAAAUGGUCCCAGAUCGGGUCUUAUAUCUGUAGCAAUCACCCUGCACCCUGCAGCUGCUGAGAACAUUAGCAGUGUUGUGGCUGCGUUUUCCGACCUUCUCCACGUCCGAAUCCCUAACAGCUAUGAGGUCAGUAAUGCUCCAGAUGUCCCACCCGUGGGUCUGGUUCAUAGCCACAGAGCGAACCCAGGUUUGGAGUGUCGGCAGCACUUGCUUCUCCGUGGGCCUCCGCCAGGAUCGGCAAACCCUCCCAGAGGGAGCUCUUACCCACUGAAACAGCCUAACAUACCAUUCCCUCCAACAAGCAAUGGUCUUUCUGGACAUAAGGAUUCCAGUCACGGUAUUGCAGAGAGUGGGGCCCUCAGACCACAGUGGUGCUGUCACUGCAAAGUGGUGAUUCUUGGAAGUGGUGUGCGGAAGUCUUUCCAAGAUCUCACCUUCAUGAACAGGGAUUCCCGGGAUGGCUCUAAGAGAGUGGAGAAGGACAUUGUCUUUUGUAGUAAUAACUGCUUUAUUCUGUAUUCAUCAACCGCACAGGCGAAAGGCUCGGAAAGCAAGGAAUCUGUUCCUUCGUUGCCACGGUCACCUAUGAGAGAAAAGCCCUCCAGAGCAUUUCAUCAGUACAGUAACAACAUCUCCACUUUAGAUGUGCAUUGUCUCCCGCAGCUCCAGGACAAGGGCUCUCCCCCUGCCUCGCCCCCCAUCACGUUCCCUCCUGCCCUCGAAGCCGCCAAAGUGGAAGCCAGGCCCGAUGAGCUCAAGGUCACAGUCAAGUUAAAGCCUCGGCUGCGGACGGUGCACGGCGGAUUUGAGGAGUGCAGGCCGCUCAAUAAAAAGUGGAGAGGGAUGAAGUGGAAGAAAUGGAGCAUUCACAUUGUGAUCCCCAAGGGGACUUUCAAACCACCUUGCGAGGAUGAAAUUGAUGAAUUUCUGAAGAAACUGGGCACGUCCCUUAAACCUGAUCCUGUGCCCAGAGACUGUCGCAAGUGCUGCUUCUGCCACGAGGAAGGUGACGGACUGACAGAUGGCCCGGCGAGGCUUCUCAACCUUGACCUGGAUCUGUGGGUCCACUUGAACUGUGCGCUCUGGUCCACAGAAGUCUAUGAGACUCAGGCUGGUGCCCUGAUAAACGUGGAACUGGCGCUGAGGAGAGGCCUACAGAUGAAGUGCGUUUUCUGCCACAAGACGGGUGCGACCAGCGGGUGCCACAGGUUUCGAUGCACCAACAUUUAUCACUUUACUUGCGCAAUUAAAGCACAAUGCAUGUUUUUUAAAGAUAAAACUAUGCUUUGCCCCAUGCACAAACCAAAGGGAAUCCAUGAUCAAGAACUAAGUUACUUUGCGGUCUUCAGGAGGGUCUACGUUCAGCGCGAUGAGGUGCGUCAGAUCGCGAGCAUUGUGCAGCGUGGAGAGCGCGACCACACCUUCCGGGUCGGGAGCCUCAUCUUCCACACAAUCGGCCAGCUGCUGCCACAGCAGAUGCAAGCAUUCCACUCCGCCAAGGCGCUCUUCCCCGUGGGCUACGAAGCCAGCCGGCUGUACUGGAGUACUCGCUACGCCAACCGGCGCUGCCGCUACCUGUGCUCCAUUGAGGAGAAGGACGGGCACCCGGUGUUCGUCAUCAGGAUUGUGGAGCAGGGCCACGAAGACCUUGUCCUGAGCGACAGCUCGCCCAAAGGUGUCUGGGAUAAAAUUCUGGAGCCUGUGGCCUGUGUGAGGAAAAAGUCGGAGAUGCUCCAGCUCUUCCCAGCAUAUCUGAAAGGAGAAGACCUGUUUGGCCUGACAGUCUCUGCGGUGGCCCGGAUCGCUGAGUCGCUACCUGGGGUUGAGGCAUGUGAAAACUACACCUUCCGAUACGGCCGAAAUCCUCUCAUGGAACUUCCUCUUGCCGUUAACCCCACAGGUUGUGCCCGUUCUGAACCUAAAAUGAGUGCCCAUGUCAAGAGGUUUGUGUUAAGGCCUCACACCUUGAACAGCACCAGCACCUCCAAGUCAUUCCAGAGCACGGUCACCGGGGAGCUGAACGCUCCUUACAGUAAGCAGUUCGUCCACUCCAAGUCGUCACAGUACCGGAAGAUGAAGACCGAAUGGAAAUCCAACGUGUAUCUGGCCCGGUCCCGGAUUCAGGGCCUGGGCCUGUACGCUGCCAGGGACAUAGAGAAGCACACCAUGGUCAUCGAGUACAUCGGGACCAUCAUCCGCAACGAGGUCGCCAACAGGAAGGAGAAACUCUACGAGUCUCAGAACCGCGGCGUGUACAUGUUCCGCAUGGACAACGACCACGUGAUCGAUGCCACGCUCACAGGAGGGCCUGCCAGGUACAUCAACCAUUCCUGUGCCCCCAACUGUGUGGCCGAAGUGGUGACUUUCGAGAGAGGACACAAGAUUAUCAUCAGCUCCAAUCGGAGGAUCCAGAAAGGAGAAGAGGUGAGCCUGGCCACCGUGGCACGUGUAGCCCACUGUGCAGGGCAGGCCAUGCCUUCCACGGCCACACAGCUGUCCCCCAGGCAGCCGCGAGCACCUCCUUGCACGGCCGUUCCGAGUGUUUCACGCCAGUCCUCCUCUGCCCUGGUCUUCUGUCCGCAGAGUUCAGCCUCCUGUGUCACUCAUGCGGCGUCACUUAUGUCCCUGUGUGGGAUGGGGCAGCUUCCCCUUGGAGCCUUCCUGUCACUGAGCUGCAGCAUGGUGGCUCCUGGUGGCCGGGAGGCAGCCCAGGGCCUGGCUGAGGGCUCAGCAGGCUUCGAGUGCACUGUGUUCCAUCGGGCCACUUUGUUCUUUUGUUUCUGUUUUUCGUUUUUGUCCUCAAAACGCCGAGUGGCCCCGUCUUGGGUCUGGCAGCUGACUUCAGUCGGGCAGUCCCGGCAGGUGUUUGCUGGCUGGGAGGCCAGUGCCAGGUGAGGGAGGCCUUGGAGGGGACUGGCCCUGGCCAGGCCCCUGCGGGUCCCUCCUGGCGGUGUCAGUCCUGUGGUUUCCAUCUUUCAGAAAUCCCCUUUUUCAGUCCAUCGUUGAGGGUCUGACUGGACCCAAGACCCAGCGAGCAUCUGGGGGGUGGCAGGGUGACUCAGGAGCCCGGGGUGCGAGCAGGGCACGGUGACGCCAGCUGCCACUCCCCGUGUCCAGGCCAGGCCUCUGUCACUUUCUGUGAAUGGAGAACAUGGUUUCUUUGCAGGCUCCAGAGGAGCUGGGCGUGCUGGUGGGUGGGCGGGCAGGGCCACCUGAGGCCCAGUAGCUGUUCCAGGUGCUGGCCUCCCUGCUGUGGAGGGGGCCUCCCCAGAGUGACCCGGGGUCCCACCAGGGGAUGCCCACCAUCCUCUUCAUCCUGUCAUGCUCCUCAUCGGGCAGUCUGAGUCCUGGGGGUAGUUUGGCCCCCGAGGUAGACCAGUGUCCUUAAACAGUGCCGCAAGUGACAGGUGACAAGGAAUGACAGCGCCACAGGCUGCCCAGACUCCGGCGCUGCACUCCUCUGGGCUGGGCUAGGACCUCUGACCCAGAGCCCAGGGUGCCCACAAGCCUCGGUCCCUCCCCUCCCCUCCCCUCCUUUGGCACACCUGCGGGUU